AUUGAAGGAAAGAUACUUUGGCCGUCAAGUAACGUUUCUCUCUGUCACUCUCACUUUCUCGAUCAGUGUCUACUUGCUGUCGGAAGCCACUCCACACUGACACCACACUCACUCAUCACUAGCCUCGUGACGUCCGUCACUCACCAUUUUCAUUUUCUCUUAGUUUUGGCCCUUUUAAUUGUAAUCUUUCACCUCUUCUCUCAUUCUGUGGCGUCUCGAUGGCGCUUUCUCGCUCACCAGUCGCUGUUCAUCAAAUGUAAUUUGUAAAUACAACUAAAUUGUUGAUAUCCGAAAUACAAUCAAAUAUAUGAGACUAUAUGUUGUCUUUGAAUAAGUGAAAAUAACGUCCUGGUAUCUUACCACCAAUAUUGAUUUUGGGAGUAGACCUUGUUCCAUUGCAGCAAACUUGUUUUAAGUUAAAGAAUUUGUCUACAUUGCAAAUGAUUACGUAUGAGCAAGAUCCAGAUGUUCUUUGGUGGGGUCUCCAACUGUUCGAAAGUGAUCCGUAUUAUAAUUGCGGGUAUGGUGACACUACUUCACCAGAUGACGUGGACUAUUAUGAUGGACAACAUUUCGGGGAAGAUCAUUAUGACACUGAAUGUUGCAAUGUAGAGUAUGAUGAGCUUAUUGCUCGUGCUCUUCAAGAAGAACUAUCACAACUUGCAGUUGUCGAAGUACCUGAUUCUCCAUGUGGGGAUGAAGAGAACUUGCAAGUACCUGAUUUUCAAGAAGAGUGGCUUAGCCAGUCUGUGACAAACUAUUAUUCUGGCCAGGAGAGUGGCCAGGAAGAGGCAGAUGAUAUACAGCCUUCUAGUUUAUGUUCUACCCCCGAAGAUGAGUCAUACUGUGGAGAGGAGUGGUCAUAUCCAUUAGAGCUGACAGAAGAGUAUGGUCUUGAUAGUGAAGUCGGGAAAAGGUUGAAUCAGAUGGUUCCUGUUCCUCAUGUUCCUAGAAUUAAUGGAGAAAUACCAUCUAUCGAUGAAGCAACUUUGGACCACCAAAGGCUAUUGGAGAGAUUGGAGGUAUAUGAUUUGGUUGAAUGCAAAGUUCAAGGAGAUGGGAAUUGCCAGUUUCGCGCUUUAUCAGAUCAAAUUUAUCGAACUCCUGAGCACCAUGAAUUUGUCAGGCAACAAGUUGUAAAUCAGCUUAAGUCUCAUCUGGAGAUAUAUGAGGGAUAUGUUCCCAUGGCCUAUGGUGACUAUUUGGAGAAGAUGUCCAAGAGUGGUGAAUGGGGUGAUCACGUCACUUUGCAGGCUGCUGCAGAUUUGUAUGGUGUGAAAAUAUUUGUAAUAACAUCUUUCAAGGACACUUGCUAUAUUGAGAUUCUCCCAAAUGUUGACAGGUCAAAUCGAGUAAUUUAUCUGAGCUUUUGGGCUGAGGUGCACUACAACUCUAUAUGCCCACCAGAAGAUGAGCCUGAAUUUGAGACGAAGAAGAAGAAGAGGUGGCGAUUGUUUCGAAACAAGCAAUUGACAUCACUAAAUGAGUAACCUGAUGGUUCCAUUCUAUUUGGAUUUUAAGGGCAGAUACCAUCACAAAGGUACAAAUUUCUUCAUGCUGCUGUAUUUUGGCCUCAUCUGUAUAUGUCCUUCCUUUAAUGCAACACUAGUCUACAUUCAUAUAUAAUAAGAUUCUUUUUUUCUUUUUAUUGUAGACUGGCAAUCUGUUGUUCUUGGAGCCACACUAGGUUGUUCUGUUGCUUUUCCAAAUUUUUUCCCAUAAAACUCCGCUGUUUGUGCUCAAUUGUUUUGAAAUUGAUAUACAAAUUUUGCUCUCAUAUGCUCCUUUGGAAGCAUUUAGGCAAUUGAUGAGGCGUGAGCCAGUAUGAUUUGAAAUUAGCAAACCAUUGUUAACUUUCUUCAGAAAGCUGAAUCUCAGUUGCAUGGUUCUUUUCAGUAAAGGUAUGAUUUUAUGCAAAAGAAUUAUUAUUAUUAUUUUUUUUAAAUUGUGGCUUGAUAAGAUAUCAACUGAAGAUUUUAUUGUGUCUCUCCUAUUUAAACACCAAGUUGGAGAUUACUUCAUUAGGAGAGUUUAUUGAAUGUGGUUUUAUCUUGUACCAUUUUAUUCAAAAAAAAAAGCUUGUUAUAAUAUG